AUGGCCUCAACAUCAGCAUUCCUCCUCGAAGAGCCACAAACUCACAUCAUUGCACCUGACGAUUCGGAUUUUCUCGAAUCCGACACCUCGUCCGCCGUCGAUCGUUCGGAUGAACGCAUCGAAUCUGCCAUUCUCCAAGAUCUCCAAUCUACCGGCUCUCAUCCGCAUCAUCGUUCCCGCAUCUGUUCCCGCACCUGUUCCCCCCACAAAACCAAACUUUGGCCCGCCCAUCCUCUGAUUCGAAUCCACAAACGUCUCUGGUUCACCUACUUUUCUGGCUCCCUACCCACCGAAGAUUCGCUAAACAUCAACAACGGACAGUCCGCCGCCUGGAAGAACUUCACCGACAGCGAGGUUAAAAAAUACGUCGAUCCAUGCGAAACAAACCCGAAGCGUUUGCACUGGUUCAACAUCGACCAUGAUCUCGUUUAUCUCUCGUUUUGGUUCGAUUGGGGACCGUUGAAUGUUGCAAUGUUCUAUAGGUUUUGUUUGCACGUUCAUCAUAUGCUCAACGAUCCCGAUAUGGAUGCGGCUACGAUGGUACUCUACACCUCUGAUGAUCCGGCAAGGAAAGCUAAUGCGGCAUUGUUGGUGACUAUGUAUGCCAUGGUCAUUGGCAAGUGUACUCCUGCCGAUGCUUUUUAUCCGAUCGCAGAGCUAGAGUUCAAGCCGUUCAGAGAUGCUGGCUAUGGUAGAGCUGAUUAUAGUUUGGCCAUCCAAGAUGUUCUCUAUGGUGUAAACAGAGCUUUGAGCGAGGGUUUGUUGGAUUUGUCAAGUUUCAAUUUGGACGAGUAUGAGAAGUACGAACAGGUGGCAAAUGGCGAUUGGAAUUGGAUCACUCCCAACUUUAUCGCUUUCGCUUCCCCCAACGAUCGCGCCUAUGUCGAAGCACUCAGGUUGGGUCAAGGUCGCCUUCCGCCUUCCUAUUCUUUUCGUCCCCCGGAGGAGAACAAGCUGUUCGGUAAAACAAUUCGAUACUUCAAGCAGAGUGGUGUAAAACUCGUAGUUCGACUCAACAAUCCCCUUUACGAUCGAGAUGCCUUUCUCAACGCUGGUAUAGAUCAUGCCGAUAUGUAUUUUGACGACGGUUCAAAUCCCACACAGGAGAUAUUGCAAGAGUUUAUUGCAAAGGCCCAUAGGGUCGUGAGCCAGGGUGGCGUCGUCGCCGUCCAUUGUAAAGCCGGCUUGGGCAGAACCGGGGUUUUGAUAGGCGCCUAUUUGGUUUGCAAGCACGGCUUUAGCGCCGGUGAGGUGAUUGCCUUUAUGAGGUUUAUGCGCCCCGGGUGUGUCGUCGGUCCACAGCAGCAUUUUAUAUAUCAGAAUUCUCUCGAAUGGGUCAGGUGGGGGGUGAGGGAUGCCGCCAUGAGCGAGGCGAGGAGCGUCGUCGAGUCCGAGAGGACGAGGUUGGUGGACGAGGUGGAGAGGUUGAAGAUGGAGGCCAACAGAGCGGUCGGCGAGGGGGGGAGCAAGGGGGUUAAGAGGCGAGCCAUGGAGGCCGAGGAGAGUGCAGAGGAGGAAAACGGGGAGAAAGAGGCGGAAACCGAGAAAGGAGGGGAGGAGAGGCCGAGACAGAAGAGGAAAUCCGAUCCGUUAGCGAUACAGGAUGCUAUGACUCCCAGAGCGCAAAGAGGGAGUGCGAGUUGCAUUGCUAUCCAUCUUCCAGCUACGGUAGGGCCAGCUGGCGUGAAACCGGCACCCUGUGUUGGACAACCGAGAAAGAGUCCCAGUCCGAGUAGGAAGAGGCCGGCAAUUCAAGCUCCUGCAACGGUAGCAAGGUUGGAGUUGACAAGUAGAAGGUAUCCGAGUGCAACGAGAUCUUUUCAGAGUCAUCUGAUGCUUUCUUCCUCUUCCACCGCUCUUUCGCAGGUGCACCAAGAUACGACGACUCCUCCAGCUACGGGCACCCAUGAUGGUGCAGCUAAUCGUAGCUUUUCCGAUAAUGAGGAGAAACUCACUCCCUCUACACCAAACCACACUGCCUCUCCCGCCGCCCUCGGGGCUGGCGUACUGGUAGAAUCCAAGGUCAACAUUUCCCCAACCGCCCCCCCCCGAGCUUCACCGAAAGCUGCAGUGAUCAAUCUCAGCCCAUCCCGCAUUGCUAGGGUGAAAAGUUUCGAAAGGACUCGAUCGAAUUCUAUCUCCACCACCGCCACCACCACCAACACGCACGUUGCUACUAUUGCGACUCCGCCGAGAGGGUCGAGUAGACAAGUUAGUCCAGUGGCCAGUCCGAGACAAGAAGUGUUUAGAGCGAGUCCCGAUGUAAGGGAGAGGUUUGGGUUGAGAGAAUCUAGUGCCAGCGCAAGCAGUACGCCGGUUAGAGGUGCGAAUGGGGUGGUGAGGGGGCAAGUUUCGCCAGUGAAAGGAGGUGCGGUGGUGGAGAGUGAUGCAGACGUGUUGGGUGUUAUUGACGUUAUUCCUCAACAGCAGCAGGUUUCGACCAGGAGGCCUCGUCCGUCACCCAAACCCAGAGCGGUGGUGGCGAGGGUGGAGGUGGAUGAGAACCACGUUCCUACUGCUACUCCUGUUGCUGCUUCUGGGCAGGUGCAAGUAGUUCAUCGAGCUCCCCUAACCACCACCACCACCACCACCGCAGCUAGUGGACCGAAAGUGUUGCGCACGAUCCGGUGCAAACCUACACUGACGGCUUCAACUUGCACUACUAGGGCUGCUACUGUUGGCAAAGCGCCCAGCACCAACACCAGCACCGCCGCUCGCCAGGCUUCCACAGGUGUGAGGGUGGUAAGGGCACAAAAAAGUGUUUCUUCGCUACGCACUCAGCAGGCAAUUUCCACUGCGCCUGCUACUUGCGCCAGUAGAUCUGUUUCUGGAUCAAGCACAACCGCCGCCGCUAGCAACGGCAACGGUAGUAGGCCGGCAAGUAGAUUGACCGCCCCCACCGCGGCUAGUGCUGCUAGAGCCGCCGCUGCCACUGCUCAAAGGAAGGGAAGCAGUGUAAAGGCCGGUGCGAUUGCCGGUGGGCUUCCAGCGAAGAAAGCUCCGGUAGCGCUAAGCAAAGGUCUAUCCGCAACAGACGCUAGGGGACGGGUGAGAAGGGGGAGGAGGAGUAGUACUGGUCAGGCUGAUCUAGAUAUUGUUGCCUAA